GGUUUCUUUAAUUCAUAUUUGACAAGAAAUAAAGAAAGAGUCAAUUUUUUGGAGCUUUCGAUUGUUUAUUGCCGAAGCUGAGCCUUUGCUUACCAUGUAAAACACCCCUCCGAUUACAAAGACUCCACUUUUCGUUUCUGAUCUGUAUAGACAACUACUGAAAUUCCCCAGACUUCUGCAAACCACAGGGGUUGAGGGGAGUAAAACAGAAGUGAGGACCUUGAACCUGCUUGUUACAUCUCCUCCAAAAACAGAUGGAUCAAAAUUCAAAUGUUAAGGAGGCGGAGGGAUUGAGGAAUGGGGUUGAGAUGGUGAGAUCAGGCUCUGAUAAGCAUCUGGACGGCUUAAGACCCUCAUCUCGAUAUUAUUCAAUGUUUAAAGGGCAAGCAGUAGCAGAUGCUGCAGACCGGGACAAGGGCAAAUAUACUCUGAUCAGAGACAUAGAGGACUUACAGAGCGGGCUAUAUGAUAAACCCCUCCCUUGCUUUGGCUGUGGAGUUGGAUGGUUUUCUUUUCUUUUUGGCUUUGUGUUCCCGCUCAUGUGGUUCUACGGCACAUUCCUGUAUUUUGGCAAUCACUACCGGAAGGAUCCUCGGGAGCGAGCUGGACUAGCAGCCUCUGCCAUUGCUGCACUAGCUUGCUCUAUUGUGCUGUUGAUUAUUGUGCUCAUGCAGCUAUUCUAGAUAUUUUAUCAAUCCAAUCCUAUUUUGCUCCCAAUGCCUUUGCAAACAUCCAGAAAGCAAAGUCACAUUGGAGGAGACAAUGUAGACAACUAGACAUAUCAUGCCAGGAGAAGAAGGAAAUAGAUAAUGGAGAAAAUUGUAAAGCCAUGAUAGUUCCCAAAAAUUGAGAUGUGUCACAUGUGUAUACAACAGCUUCGAUGAUGAGUACUCGUAUUUGUUUUACUCUCUUUUCUUUUACUUUAUAUGAUUGUUAUAUACAUACAGAGAAAAUAUCAGUUAACGUUUACCACUUUUAUGUGUAAUUCUAAUAAGAUUACCGUAAGUUUUCUA